GAGUCUCUAUUCCCUACCAAUAAUCAUCACCACCCAACACUAUUUAUACACCUCUAUAUGCCAUACCCAACAAGAUUUGGAGUAGAAGCUUAAGUAGAAUUUCCACAGACCUCUUCAAAUAUUACAAACAAUGGAAAUUGGGGAAAAAGGGAUGAAGCAGAGCUCAUUGUGGUUAUAUUUCUCCACAAAAUUCUUUCAUCGCAAGUCAGAAAAAACAGACCCAUCAAAAGAUUUAUCAACUCCAAAAAAGCCUGGAGGAUGGAAAGCCAUGCCUUUCAUCUUAGGAAAUGAGACACUUGAAAGGUUUGCCUCUUAUGGUAUGUUAGCAAACUUCAUGGUGUAUUUGUUAACGGUGUUUCACAUGAAUCAAGCACCAGCAGCAACCCUAAUCAACAUCUGGACUGGUAUCACAAAUUUCGCGCCUUUGUUUGGUGCUUUCAUUUCCGAUGCCUUAAUCGGAAAAUUCAAGACCAUUGCUUUUGCAUCGUUCGCAUCUCUUUUGGGAUUUAUAACGUUGACGUUAACGGCAUGGUUACCGCAAUUGCAUCCUCCAGCAUGCAACGUACUACAACUACCACAUGGUCAUCAUUGCAAAGGCCCAAACAAUCUUCAAUUUGGUGUCUUGAUCCUCGCACUCGGCUUCAUGGCCAUCGGAGCAGGAGGAAUAAGACCAUGUAGCAUUCCAUUUGGUGUUGAUCAAUUCGAUCCAACGACAGAACGAGGGAAGAAAGGGAUUGCCAGCUUUUUUAACUUGUACUACCUCUCAUCUACGGUGGUAACCUUAAUUACAUUAACUCUUGUGGUUUAUAUCCAGGACAACGUUAGCUGGGUCUUUGGUUUUGGUAUACCUACCAUUCUCAUGGCAUGCUCUAUCGUUCUAUUGUUUGUUGGGACGAGAAUAUAUGUCCAUCGACCGCCCGAAGGCAGUCUGUUCUCGGGCAUUGCUAGAGUGUUGGUUUCUGCCUAUCAUAAGCGUCAAGUUUUGCUUCCUAUGGACGGAGAGAUUGAUGCUAAUUUCUAUGAUCCUCCAUUGAAGAAAACUACUUUCUUGAAGCUCCGUCUUACCAACCAGUACAGGUUCUUGAACAAGGCUGCCUUAAUAGAGAACAACGACCUGAAACCAGAUGGUUCUUGUGCAAAUCCAUGGAGACAAUGUAGCAUCCAACAAGUAGAAGAGCUCAAAUGCAUAUUAAAAAUAGUACCAAUAUGGUCUGCAGGCAUUAUUAGCUUCAUUUCCAUGGCACAACAAAACACAUUCACCAUAUCACAGGCUUUGAUAAUGGAUAGACACCUCGGACCCCACUUUGAAGUCCCGACAGGAUCAAUCAUCGUCAUAUCAAUGAUCCCAAUAGUGGUUUGGCUCCCUUUCUACGAUAGAAUUGUAGUUCCAUUCCUUAGAAAACGCACCAAAAUCGAAGGCGGAAUCACACUUCUCCAGAGGAUAGGAAUUGGGAUGAUAUUAUCGAUUCUGUCAAUGGUAGCCGCCGGAUGGGUGGAGAGGGCGAGAAGAUCUUCUGCCAAUUCGCACCCUCGAUCGCCAAUGUCAGUAUUUUGGUUAUCUCCACAACUUGUCCUUCUAGGCUUAUCUGAGGCAUUCAAUCUUAUUGGACAAAUUGAAUUGUACAACACAGAGUUCCCUGAGCAUAUGAGGAGUAUUGCUAACUCUCUUUUCUCAUGCUCCGCUGCUGGUGCUAAUUACCUCAGCAGCUUGAUGAUCACGAUCGUGCAUAAUACCACCGGAACAACUAGUCACCCCAAUUGGUUAACGAAUGAUCUAAAUUCAGGCAGAUUAGACCGUUUCUACUUCCUUGUCGCUGGGUUGGGUGCUGUGAAUUUCAUCUAUUACCUAAUCUGUGCCCGGAGUUAUCGGUACAAAACCAUUAAACAAGUGGAAGAUGAACCUCAGCAUGAUGUUGAGCAGAGCACAGCCAAAGCUUGAACUCACAUAUUGUAUGAAGUGAUGAAGACGAGUGAAUUGUAUUGGUGCAAAUUUUCUUUUGUUUUUAGGAAGCGAUCCUCCUCCAGUGCAAUUAAAUAAAUGGAACUUCUUACCUUCGUGUA